GUAACCAAUUGCAGCCCCGGUUUAUUAUGACACCCCGGGAUUCCGCGAAUUUGAGCUGGAGCUUCACAGUAAAGUAGGGCAUGCCGACCGAGGAAAGAGGACAGCACGCGACAGCAGAACCUGUAUAUCCCAGGACCGCUAUACUUAAAAUUAAUCGCUAAACGGUACAAUUAGUCAUAUUUACUCAUUAGUAAGGCAUAGCAAUAUCAUAGAAAGGCGUUUAAUCGACCAGCUCAAGUGGACCGCACACGUUUUAUUUUGAGAGACACCGAUAACACACGUGUGGAACUAGAAAACACGUUUCCUGAAAUCACUGCGAUGUAAAAUCAGCCUUCCUGACAAGGACAGUCGAUUUUUCAAAUCAUAAAAUAUCAGCAAUCUCUUAGAAUCUCUUAGAAAAAAAUAAACGUUUUAACAAUGUCGGAGGUCGAUCUUGCUGCGGAGUGUUUAGUCUCCAUCUCUAACCGGUCACCAGAGGAGGACCGUUGUCCGGAUGCCAAGCCGAUGGACAACAUGUUGAACACGAACCAAGAAAAUAGGACUUUGUUAAUGGUGGCGAUGAUUUUGCUCGAUCUGAACAAAUGUCACCAGAACAUACGCAGUGGCACAUGUGUUGGGCGUAAUAGCUGCAUGGGACAAAGUAUUUCUAACAACCAUGUUAACGGAUACCGGGGUGAUCAAGAGGUUUUUAGGGACAGUCGGUGCAAUGCGAGGGCACUACAUAACUCCGCUGAAAAGCGAUCACGAAACAAGAAGGCUGUAAGUACGCACGUGGCCCCUGAAAAGAGACAUUGUUGCCCGUACGGCGACUGUGGGAAGAUGUAUGGAAAGUCGUCCCACCUAAAAGCCCACCUGAGAGUACACACUGGGGAGAGGCCGUUCCAGUGCACCUGGCCAGACUGCAACAAGAGGUUCUCCCGCUCAGACGAGCUGACCCGCCACUACCGCACACAUACAGGGGAGAAGCGCUUCACCUGUCCCCUGUGUGAUAAAUGUUUCAUGAGGAGUGAUCACCUGACCAAACAUGCCCGUCGCCACACAGGCUUCCACCCCAGCAUGCUUCAUGGCCCCGCUGUUAGGCGAUGCCACUCCUCUGUCUCUCUUUCCUCCAUCGACUCUGGAUCACAGAGCCCCACUGAGGUGUGACAAAACACAGCAAAAAUACAGAGACCUGGGCUAGUUCAACUGCCAAAUAACAAACAAUCAUUAUUUUUCUCGGCACAAAAUGCUAUGAAUACAUUCUGCUAUUGGGUGCCCAGUACCCAGUUUAACUUAACCCUGUUUGUUUUCUGUUUGGGAAGUUUUGUACAGAUCUGUAGUGACCCCUGGUGGAGGGAAUAAUAUUAUGAAUGGGAUGUGAAGACUGUCUGAGUACCGUAUGUCUUAUUUGCAUGGUAUUUCAGUUUCUCUUUCCACUGUACUGCACAUUAUGUUCAGUAAGUAGCCAUGUAAUAACACUAUUUAGGAAAACAUUAUUUUGUAAGGGUUGAACUUAUUUUAGUAUAAAUCACCUUAAUAGUCAAGUGCGUGCAAGUAGUGUGAAGUUGACAGUUAGUUACAAAUUUUUUUUUUUUAUGUUAAGUCACACAUGGGUAAUCAUCAAACUGAGAACUGUGUCAGAUUGCUCUGUUAAACUAUUACACUUUUUUUUUGCAGCUUAAAUUACCACAACAUUUUCAGUGCUGCAAAAAUAAUAUAUAAUUUACCAACAUCUUUUAACUUUGUAUCAAUAUCAUCUAGAAUUUAUGCUCAACAUCUGUGCAUUUUCAAAGUUGUUUUUAUUUUCUAAAGGUUUGAAGCUUCUGUAUCAUAAUAGUGCUUACCAUGAAUACCUGUGUACUUUUUAAUCAGAUAUUUAACAUAAAAACUUUAUCUAUGUACAUCAGUAUGGUCUACGGACAGUUGCACCAAAAUUGUGUAAUUAUUUUGUUGGCCAAAACCAACUGCUCCAAAUGGAUUAUGUACAAUUGUUCAUUAAACUGUCUUUAGCAUGA